GCCUUUUUUUCUUCUUCUUCUUUUUUUUAUGAAUGAAUAACGAGACGKAGACAUGCGAGUGACCGCUGAACUCUCCUGUAGCCGGGCUCCCGGGGGGCCGGCGGCCGAUGAGAGGGAUUAACGGCGGCGCGGAGCCGCGGCUCAUUGCGGAAAAAAAAAAGGCGACCCUGACUGCGGUCUGGCGUGGAAGAACGCACCGGACACUGGCUCCAUAGCGUCCAACAGCGGAACAAAACCACAAUGUCCAUCCACAUCGUGGCUCUGGGCAGCGAGUGUCCCGGAGGAGUCGGGCCCGGGGAGGAGAUCAUGGGCCAGGGGCAGCUGCAGGGAGGCUUGCUGUGGAGCUACCUGGGUCACGGGGCGCUGGUGGGACCCUGCGACCUGGAGGGCAGUCUGCACAACCCGGCCUUCAUGGAGUACACCUCACGUGUCUUUGGAGACGUUACUGUGGUGGUCCGAGACUGUCCCAGCUGGGACCUGCUGGACAGCGACUGGGCCAGCGUACGGAAGGUUCUGGAGCAGGCCGACAUCCUUGUCAUUAAAUAUUCCGUCACAGACAAGCUGGCCUUCCAGCAGGUCCGAAACGGUUACGCCCCCAGGCUACGGCCUCUCCUGAGACACUGGGGUGUGCCAGUCAUCCUUGUUGCUGUUGGAGCUCGGCUGAACGAUGAAGGCCCUCCUUGUACGUGCCCACUGUGUGCAUCGGACUGGAGCAGCUGUGUGCCUCACAGCGAAGGUCUGCAGCUCUCCCGGGACCUGGGUGCCACCUAUCUGGAGCUGCCCUCUCUCAAUCACGUCUUUGUCGGCCGCUACUUUGGCAGCGUGCUCGAGUACUUCAUGAUUCAGUGUCUGAAGCACAAAGCCAAAGAGAGGCCCGAGAAGAGGCGAGGAAACAAAGUGAGCGAGCUCCGCCCMCCUCACUUAGAGCAACCAGCUCGUCUUCCUCCCAUCCGAGUGGAGGAGUCCAGCUUCUCGCAGGACAUGCAGUGGCUCCUGGAGCGAGGCGUGCAGUUCGCCGACGUGGCUUUCUACGCCGGCGACUCCGGUAAAGAACUGGGCUGGGCCCACGCAGCCGUGCUGUGUGCCGUCAGCCCGUACUUCAGACAGCUGCUCCUGGGGCCCAAGACCAGGGAGCGUCCGCAGUCACGGUGCGUUUGCAGAGAGCGAGACGGAGGACCCCAUUCGCUGCUCUCCACCUGGGAUGGAAGCAUCAUCGACGACAUGCCGAGGUCAGACGGGCACCUGAYGGGACGCCUCACUCGGCUGGUGGUGAAGGACCCCCUCCUCUGUAUGUGCUUGUGGGAGACUCUCAUGUUCAUCUACAGAGGAGCGUGGGAGUGGGAGCACCUCCAGGAGGCCCUGGAGGAGAAGCUGAAGAGUUCGCUCGCUGUGGCUCAGCUUAUGGAGCGCAUACGCUCCCUUGUCGGCAGAGACAGGGGUCCCAGGGACACACCGAGUGCACGGGCGGCUCAGCUCGGCCCGCAGACACUUGUCAAUCUCUUCAACUCCCCUCUGUUCUCUGAUGUUAUCUUCAUGGUGCAAGGAAGCGUAUUGCCCGCCCAUCGGGCAGUGCUGGUGGCCCGCUGCGACGUGAUGGCGGCCAUGUUCAGCGGGAAGUACGCAGAGGCUCGGAGCAGAGUGGUUCCCAUCCACGGGGUCUCCUCGGACACCUUCCUGUCCUUCCUGGAGUACCUGUACACCGACUCGUGCUGUCCUGCCAGUGUGCUGCAGGCCAUGGCCGUGCUGGUUUGUGCAGAGAUGUACCAGGUGAAACGUCUGCAGCACCUGUGUGAGGUGUGCGUGUGCGCUUACCUCCAGAGCAUGCCCAGUAGAGAGCUGGCCUCCACGGGGAUCAGCGUGGUUCGACUACUCCGCAGAGCCAAGUGCCACAACGCAGAGCAGCUGUACGUCUGGCUGCUCCACUUCAUCGCCAACAACUACCUGAUCUUUAGUCAUAAACCCGACUUCCUGGAGCUCUCAGGUCAGUGUGAACAGUGUGUUGUGAAUGACUCUCAGCUACUACCACAUCAGAUUUUAGCUCCAAACUUGGGUUUUAACCAAUAAUAUUUCCAUCAGAGCAAUCAGCAAAGUAUUGUUUAUAAAUAUAAAAAGUAAAUGGCUAAAAUCUGAGUGUUUGUGUAUYGGAGUCCCCUAAUCUUUUAGACAUCUGUGAGAACUUCUAUCUUAUGAAACUCUACAGUAGGCAUUUCUGUUUCAGACUGCAGCUUAGCUCUUCAGUUUGUUUAAUACUCUCCAUUUACAGUACGCGUCUAUGGUUUGUGCAUUUAAGCAACAAAAAGCAGAAAAAAAGAAAGGCUAAUUUCAAAGAUUAACAGCCACGUUACGUUGCAGAAACACAUUUUAUUGUYGUCAUCAGUCACACAGGACUCAUUUACGGCCAUUGGACGGGUACUGAAGGGCACACGCUCGCCGCUGCUUGUUUUAGUGCAAACAAACUCUUUGAUAUUUCAUCUCUUUUGGCUGCGCACACGGCAGCGAGCUAAGCGGUUACAAGUGUUUUGAGGCGCGGCGAGCGUGUGCCAAGCACAGUAAAUCUCUGUGCAGUGUUUUUUUUUAUUUUUUACCAUCAGCUGAGCAUCAGGGAAGGUURCAUGUGCAGCAGUGUGAGGGUUAACGGCCGCACGUCUUUUGUUCCAGAGGAUGAGCGCGAGCAGGUGGAGAGGCUCCGCUGG